AUGCCCGACGUCAACCUCAUCUUCAACAACAAGCUGCCCAACAGCCCCGGAAAGUCUUCCGUCGGCCUCUUGGUCGACUUUCCACCAAACUCAUCAACACCGCCUCACACCCAUGCCGGUGCCAGUGUUUCAGUUUUCGUCAUCAAGGGAACGGUUUUGAACAAGAUGAACGACGGCCCUACAUACGUGAUUCCCGCGGGCGGUACCUUCUUCGAGGCUCCCGGAUGCCAUCACGUAACCAGCGACAACUUCAGCACCACGGAGCCGGCACAGAUUCUCGCAACAAUGGUUGUCGAUACCAAGAUUGUGGAAGAGGGCGGCGUGGCGGCGCUGGUGGUGAUUGAUCCAGAGUAUCUGCCGAGCGCAUAA